CCUUCUGUUGUUGGUUUCACGCUUUUCCCAAAACAUGGGUGCGGAGGGCAGCGGCACCGGUGGCCGGAGGGGCUCGUCGCCGGCGAAGCCGGCGGACGGCCGGGCGGCAAACUUUCUCGCCGGCCUUCCCUCCUGUGGCAACUUCACGGACAGCAACAUCGCGCACAGCAUGGGUGGCCUCAAGGUUUAUCUCUGCCUGCACGAUACGGCUCCUCCAGAGGGACAAGUCGUAAAGACAGACACAAACAAUAUUUUGAUCAGAGCUCUCCAGUUGAACAAACAGAAAAGUGAGGCCAAAGAUGCAAGCUGUAAGACACCAGGCGAAAGCAGCAGGGGGAAAAGGAAUGCUGCCAGAAAUUUAGAUGGGAAGAAUCCAUCAAAAAGACCCAACACUGGUAGCUCUGCAGGGUCCUCUGCACAUGUUCUUGCAGAAGAAUCAUCAUCUGGUUUUUCUGAGCAGACGCUUCAGUCAUUUACAGUGGAAAAGUUACGCUCUCUUCUAAAAGAGAGGGGCCUUUCUCCAAAAGGCAAAAAGGAUGAAUUGAUCGCUCGCUUAAGAGAGGCCUUAGGUUGAUCCCAACUCCAGUCUUGUUGAUCUCGUGCCAGCCGCAUCUUGUUGGAUGUCGCUGAAUUAUGAAGAGCAGACUGAAUAUCCUGCUAUUAGUAAUGCAUACUGUCUUGUUUAAAGUUCCCAAGGUGUAGUGAUUCACUUCAGCACCUAUACUUGGACUGAGCUUACCUCAUGAGAUGUGAAAAGCUUUUGAUGUUCUGUACGCCUGUGAAGUCCUGUUGCAGAUAGGGCAGAAAUGAGGAAUUGACUGACAUUUUCAAAUGUACGCCUUUUUGGUGUAUGAAUGUUACAUUUUCGCAACUCGUAAUCUGGAAACAUGAUUGGUGGCACUGAUUGAAGUUAGGAAUUCAGCA